AAUAGUACGUAGUCCAUAGUUCAAAGCUGUUUAGCAGGAUAACCCAGUUAGCUAGCUUUGUACUUAGGUAUCUAAUUUGAUCUAAUUUGAUAACAUGCACUCUGAACAGCUGAUACACAAUUUUUAAUUUGACGCAAUGAGAAUAAACGCAUCCUUCUCUGUCCAUUUGACUUUAAACAUUCCGUUUUCGUCGACGACUUUUUUUUUUUUUUAAACAAACAAUAUUGUCAGUUCGCUAAUCAGACCAGAGAGGGAAAAUAAAAUGAAAAACCGAUGUGAAAACUCUUCUUUCUGAAUAUGUCACUAGUCCUAUACUGUCUGUUCAGAUGAGCUGCCAGUUUAUAAAUGCAUGUGAUUGGACCAAACCGACACAGAUGAGGAUCUGCUACAGAAGCCGCAAAGGUUCCCGUAGAGACUCGCUGAACUACAACAAGCGGUUUUUCAUGCGUUGAUCUGCUCAGCUCCAGCUGUGUCCCCCGCCCCCAAGUUCUCAGUACGGUCCGCUGAAAUAUUUUGCUGGGUCCGCAAAUGGACGACCCCUGGUCUGUUCUGGUCUGUUUGCGUCAUGUUAAACCAAAUCCUUUAUAAAAGCAAGACUCUAAAAACAAACAGAGCUGGAGAUAUUGGAGGAAUUGAAAGUGUCUAGCUGAUCUCGUAUUUGGAGGUGGGAUCGCAGCGCUUCCCUCUAAUUUAACAUUGCGACUGUUUUCGUUUCCGCACAGGAAAGCUGGGUACGCUUCGUGGCUAUAAAAGGAGAUAGGACUGACGCCUAAUUAAGUGCGUCCAGUUGGGUCCUGGAAGUGACGUCAAUUUUGGUGCUCCGGGUGCACAUUCUGGAGCGUGGCUGAGGAGAACUACGGAUGCAUUGAGUGAAGGCUGAUCUCUGCGAGGGUUUAAUUUGCAUGCCGCCGAGCACAUUGGGCGGGGUGUGUUGUCAGUCGCAGAAUUGGGGGGCUAACAUUAGCCAGAGUACUCCGUGUGUGGUGGUGGUGCGGCUGUCAGCUUGCAGUGUUCACAACGGGUGAUUUGGUGCUGUGGUGGCACAUGUGGUUGCUGUGUUUAUUGGAUAGGCAAGACGAUUUCCCCAGUUCUGAAGUGGCUGUUCAGCAGUAGGAACCAUGGAUAUAUUCUUCAGAGGCACCAUAACAAGUUCUCCUAUAAAAACCAGGAAUGCACAGGGAUGUCAGCCAUCCUACAGUUUUCACACAUCCUUCCUCUCUGAUGCUUCUUAUGAGUGUUUCUCCACCAAUCCGGAAACAGGCUUAGUGCACCUGUGCCGUAGAAGUCCACGCCUACUUGCAAAUGGCUACUAUGUACUGACAGAAGACAGUGUUGUUACCGAUGAUGAGGGUAACCUGACCCUCACUCCAACACAGACCAACAUUUCCUACAAAGAAAAUAUUGCUCGUGUGUGUGUUUAUAGAAUUUUCCGUCGGAGGCGCAAAACCAGAAGGUCUUUUGCCACACUCUUGAAUGACGUCAGCCAGUCCUUGCUCAGUGGAAGCAUUUUUGGUAGAGAUGGUACCCUGUCGUCUGCUGAAUUGUCAUCAUGUUUGGAUGUUAACAGCGGCACUGAACAAGACACCUCUGUCUAUUUUACAUAUGGUCCUACAGAAAUUGUGCCUCUUAAAGACAAAGAAAGUUUUUUACCAGAGGUGGAGUCUCUCUGUGAAGACUGUUCUGCCCCUGUUCUGCCUGCUCAGUCACUGAAUAGUCUGAUUGAUGUCCCACCAGAAUCUAAAUGUUACUGCACACCCAACAACCCACCCUCAGAUGCCAUGUUUAGGAAGGCCUUCCUUGUCCUCCUUUUCACACUGUGUCUCUGUGCGAACAUGUUUUCCAGAUAUGUGUGUGGAGGAAUUGCUGUAGCAAUGACUUUCCUUUUCCUGAUAUCAUCUAUAUGUGGCUCUAAGUCUGGAACAGCAUGCACAAUUUGGACCAAGACUGAGGAUAUCACAUCAAGAAUUGAGUGAUGAAGAAACACACACGGUCUAACAGACACUCAUACACACAGUCACAUAAGCAGAAGUGAAUCAUUGAAUUAAUCAUUCAGGUAACUCAAGUAUGUGCAAAUGUGCAUCACUAUGCCCAAAUUUGUUAGCUUUCUAAUGCCUGUGGUCACUUCUCUUUGUACGCUGUCUACUAUUCAGGAGAUUGUAAGGUUGGUCUCUCAAAGAAGCAACAUAACCAGAAAAAAUGUUACAUACAAAGUCACUCCUCACUGUUCAAUUACUCACUUGUACACAUUUUUCUAUUCUAUAUCUUUGUAAUUCAAGAGUCUAUCCACUAACAAUUCUGUAGAACCAAAUUACGAUUUUCUUUUCAAUUAGUAAAGCAUCGGGUCUAGAAGAGCACCUGACAAUAGUGUACAAUGAAGGAACAUAUGGCUAUGGAAUAGAAAAUGAAGUUAAAAAAAGAUUAUAAUGACUAUAGAAAAAGACUAUAAUGAUGUUUAUGUUAUAUUUAUAUUAUUACUUAUAUUAUUAUCUAAGUAUGGGCCAGUAGUAGGGAAUUCCCACUCUGUUUAUAAUAUAGUGUUAGAUGUAUUUUAUUCUGUGUAGUAAUAAUGAUGAUGAUUAUUAUGAAUAAUAAUAAUAAUAAUAAUAAUAACUUUGAUGUUGUCUCUGAGACAUAGCAAUAGAAAUGGUUCAGCUGCACCCAGCAUGGCUUAUUAGAUCAGUGUUGUGAAUAUUAACAUGUUCAGUAGAUUUGCAUUGUACUUUGGCUCAGAAAUAUAUUCAUCAGUGCCUCUGUUGAGGUCAGCACAAACAUGUCUUGAUUGACCUUCAGUACAGUUGGCAAUAUUGUAAUUAGUUAUUUUUUACAUUGAGAAAUAUUACAUUAUAAUAUAUAAGAAAUGUUAUACUUGUGUUAGCAUUCCAUAGAUGGUAAAGUGGACCACAAUGAUCUCAUCCUCUGGGUUGGUUAAAUUUAGACCAUUGGGCUUUAACUGAAAGUUGGAAUAAGACAGCAGCAAAAACACAUCUUUUAAAAGUGGAGAGUUGGAGGUGUGAAGAGGUGCUAAUUAUUGAUCAUUAAGUGCCUUUCCUUUUGCAUCUUCAGUUAAUCUUAUUCAUGGCUAUGUGACAUAGCUCAGAUUCAAACCUGAAGCCCUGCUGUAGGGUGCACAUUUUUAGUGCAAUGCAAUGAUUUUAAUGAGUCCCAAACUGCUAGUAGGGUUUUGUUUGACCUGGACUUUCCAUUACAGGGUCCAGCCUUUCUUGAAUGUUCAGUGACACAGCCACUAACUCUGCAUGUACUGUAUGUUAUUGGCUAAUAUGAAUAACAGAACUGUAUAUACAGUACUGUACAAAAGUCUUAGGCACAUGCAAAGAAAUGCUGUAGAGCAAAGAUGCCUUCAAAAAUAAUGAAAUUAAAUGUUUCUACAUUUAAAAAAAACUAUAAAGAGCAGUAAACAGUAAUAAAUGAAACUUCAAGUCAA